AUGGGAUGUGUACCUUCGAAACCCGAGUACGGGGCUGAACAUGACCAGCAUCUACUGAUUGAAGAGAAUAUGCGAUUUAGAGUCGGAAAACUAAGCAGCUCCAGAUCGUUUGACGACUCCAAACCCCCCAAGCUACUGCUUCUGGGUACCGGCGAGUCUGGCAAGUCGACCAUUCUCAAACAAAUGAAGCUCAUCCACGGCCAGGGCUUCACCCAUCAGGAACGCAGUCUGUAUGCUCAGGUUAUGUGGGAGCAGGCUUUCGUCCAGAUGAUGGAAAUUGUGCGCCAGGCACGGUUCUUGGGCAUUUCUUUGGAUUGCGACGAUCCACACAGCGUUCUGAACAGUCAUAUGACCCUGCUCACCAAUGCAGACCCCAACGACUCCGCUAUGCCUGACUGGGAUGCGCUUUAUGAAGACAUCAAAAGCCAAAGGAGGUUUAUGGAGGGUGAGAAUCUUCCCAUGGUUUAUACAGACUCGCCGCUCAAGUUUGCCGACAAUGUCCUCAAGGUGUCGCCAGCCGAGCGGCCACAGAUUGCACACGCCAUUUCAGAGCUAUGGACUAAAGAUACAGGAAUUAAGCAAUGUUUUGCCCGCUCAAACGAGUAUCAGCUGGAAGAUGCGGCGUCAUACUACUUUGACAAUGUGCACAGUCUUGCCGACCCUUAUUACCUGGCCUCAGACGAGGAUGUCAUCCGGGGAAGAAUCAAAACCACAGGUGUUUCGGAAACCCCUUUUCUGGUGGGCGGCCAGAUGCUCAGCAUUAUUGACGUAGGAGGUCAAAAAAGCGAGCGUAAGAAGUGGAUGCACUGCUUCGAUGACGUAACCAGUGUGCUGUUUGUGGUUGCACUGUCGGAGUACGACCAGGUUCUGUAUGAGGACUCUGGCGUGAACCGAAUGCAGGACUCCAUCUGCCUGUUUGACUACAUCUGCAACUUCAAAACGUUCAUCGACAAGCCGAUCAUUCUGUUUCUCAACAAAUGCGAUCUGUUGGAGGCCAAGCUAAAGAAAUCGCCUGUUCGCAAAUACUUCCCUAGUUUCAAUGGACCAAAUGAAGUCACUGCGGUUAAGGCUUUCUUUAAGAAUCUCUUUCUGGCCCAAAAUAAGUGCGGACCGUCCAAAGAGAUUUACGUCCACUUUACCUGUGCCACGGACACUGAGAACAUGCGUUUUGUCAUGGCCGCCGUGACAGACAUGGUCUUGUCUGCCCAGCUAAGAGAGACGGGUAUUAUUUAG